ACAACAACCACAUUUGUACAACAUUUCAAUCGCAACGUACAAGCGCUCAUAGCACAAAACAAAACAAAGUACAUUACUCAAAUUUUCUGGUAGCAGUGGCUUUUUGGUUUGGUGAACUCUCCCCUCACAUAGUCAGUCCAAUUCAACAAACACCCAUUGCGCCAAAACCAAAACCCAUUUGAGAAAUAGAGAGUUUAAGAGAGAGAAAGCUUUAGUUUUAGAGAGAGAAAGAGAAAAAUGGCUCAAGUGAGCAAAUUCUGUAGUGGUGCUCAAAACACCCAAAUCUUUCACAGCAAUCCCAAAACCCAAAAACCCAAAUCUCUGAGUUCACUCUCUUUUAGGUCACAGUUUUUGGGCUCAUCAAAGUCUUUGACUUUGAAUCACAAGCAUGUGGGCGUGGUGGGUAGCGAUAAAGUUGGUACAUUUAGGGUUUAUGCUUCAGUUGCCACAGCUGAGAAGCCAUCAACGGUACCGGAGAUCGUGUUGCAACCCAUCAAAGAUAUCUCCGGCACCAUCACGUUGCCGGGGUCCAAGUCACUGUCUAAUCGGAUUCUGCUUCUGGCUGCUCUAUCUGAGGGAACAACUGUUGUAGACAACUUGUUGGAUAGUGAAGAUAUUCAUUACAUGCUUGGUGCAUUGAAAACCCUAGGACUACAUGUGGAAGAAGACAAGGCAAUAAAAAGAGCAAUUGUGGAAGGCUGUGGUGGUCUCUUUCCAGUGGGUAAAGAAUCAAGGGAUGAAGUUCAACUUUUCCUUGGAAAUGCCGGAACAGCAAUGCGGCCAUUGACAGCUGCAGUUACCGCUGCUGGUGGAAAUUCAAGCUACAUACUUGAUGGGGUGCCCCGAAUGAGAGAGAGACCAAUUGGGGAUUUAGUUGAUGGUCUUAAGCAGCUUGGUGCAGAUGCCGAUUGUUUUCUUGGCACAAAAUGUCCUCCUGUGCGUGUGUUUGGAAAGGGGGGUCUUCCUGGGGGUAAGGUGAAGCUCUCUGGGUCAAUUAGUAGUCAAUACUUGACUGCUUUGGUCAUGGCUGCUCCUCUGGCUCUUGGAGAUGUUGAAAUUGAAAUCAUUGACAAAUUGAUUUCCGUUCCUUAUGUCGAGAUGACUUUGAAGCUGAUGGAACGCUUUGGGAUCUCUGUGGAACACAAUGAUAGUUGGGAUCGGUUCUUGAUCCGUGGAGGUCAAAAGUACAAGUCUCCUGGAAAUGCUUAUGUCGAAGGUGAUGCUUCAAGUGCUAGUUACUUCUUAGCUGGUGCAGCAGUCACCGGUGGGACAGUUACCGUUGAAGGCUGUGGGACAAGCAGUUUGCAGGGAGACGUAAAAUUUGCAGAAGUUCUUGAGAAGAUGGGUGCUAAAGUUACCUGGACAGAGACUAGUGUCACAGUCACUGGACCACCUCGAGAUUCUUCCAAAAGAAAACACUUGCGAGCUAUUGAUGUCAACAUGAACAAAAUGCCAGAUGUUGCAAUGACUCUUGCUGUAGUUGCCCUUUUCGCUGAUGGACCAACUGCUAUAAGAGACGUGGCAAGUUGGAGGGUGAAAGAGACGGAACGGAUGAUUGCCAUUUGCACAGAACUCAGGAAGCUUGGAGCAACAGUUGAAGAAGGGCCGGAUUAUUGUUUGAUCACUCCACCGGAAAAUCUCAAUGUGACAGCUAUCGACACAUACGAUGAUCACAGAAUGGCCAUGGCAUUCUCACUUGCUGCCUGUGGAGAUGUUCCUGUCACCAUCAAGGACCCUGGUUGCACCCGGAAAACAUUCCCGGACUACUUUGAAGUCCUCCAGAGGUUUACAAAGCAUUGAACAGGCCAUUUACAUAUAAAUGUGUGAAAGAUAAGAUCCAUGUGACCUGUCACCGCAACCAAAGCGGCAGGUAGCCAGGCCACACUUUUUUUUUUUCUUUCUAUAUUGCCUUAGUUUUUUAUUAUAUGUAAUUGCAAGUUGAGCUUAUUGGUUGUAAGACUGUAAUUUAUUUUCUACUCAAUGCAGUCUCAUCUCUCUCUGG